AUGGCGGUCGCUUGUCCCGGCCGCCCUCAGGCGGGCCCGUCACCCAGACGACAGGAAGAGCGGGGAAGGCGAGGGCCGCGGGACGCGGAGUCGGCCGGCGCUGGGGAUCCGGCUGCCACCACUGCCCCCUGCAGGCGGGCGGCAGGUCGCGGCCGCCCGGGGCCCAGGACGGGCCUGGGGGCGCGGGCGGGGCUGGAGGGGAGGGAAAGGGCGGGCGAGGGGCGGGGCCUGUCCUAUCAGGGAAGGAACCUGAGAGGGCUUCCGGAAGUGGGCGGGGCCCUCGCCCCUGCCAGACGCACACCCCACUCCCUGACAGGAAGUGUCCCUCCCUCCUGCAGUUCCGCUGACGGUCGCCUAGGGGAGCAGUUCCCAAACUUCUCGGUAGAAGAGUUGAGUUGCCAGGAAAUGGACUUGGAGGUCAGGGAGCCAACAGACUUUAGUUCUAGAGAUAAUCUGGCUCAGAAAGAAGAAGGUAAAGACAUCCAGAUCCGGUCCACUCAGCCCUACAUGUCUUCACAUGAUGACAGGACACAAGACGCCAAAGGGAGACCAUAUUUACAGGCUACUAAACAUGCAAAUAUGUAUGUAGUACAAAUUUCAGAAGAGGGAGACUCAAACGAGAACAAUAACAAUGCCAGCAAUCCAUUCUCAGAUGCAUCUGUCCGCAGAGCCUUCAUUAUAAAAGUGUUCCUCAUUGUGUCAGCUCAGCUGUUAGUCACUGCCAUAAUCAUCAGUGUGUUUCUUUUCUGGAAUGAUUUAAGGGAGUGGGUAUUGGCAAACCGUUGGUUCACCUAUGCAUUCUUGCCCGCCUUUUUUAUAAUCCUGAUUUUACUUGCUUGCUGUGAGCAUCUCCGCCGUCAAGUGCCUACAAAUUACAUUCUCCUGGGACUCUUUACAGUUCUUCAAGGUCUGCUGCUAGGCAUCAUAUCAGUUUCCUAUAACGUGGAAGAAGUAUUAUGGGCCACAGGAGCAACCACGAUGGUGACAAUAGGGCUCACUUUAUUUGCUCUACAAACAAAAUGGGACUUCACCAUGCUAAGUGGAAUGCUGUUUGUUUUCUUCUUCAUUCUUAUCAUCUAUGGAAUUAUCUUAAUCUUCGUACACUCCUAUUGGCUGCAUCUACUGUAUGCUGCACUUGGGGCUCUGGUGUUCUCCCUCUACUUGGUGAUGGAUGUGCAAAUUAUGGUGGGAGGACGUCACCAUUAUUCUCUGGACCCUGAAGAGUAUAUUUUUGCUGCCCUGAACAUCUACUUGGACAUUGUCAACCUUUUCCUUUUUAUUUUGCAACUGAUUGGAUUGGGGAGGAAUAUCAGGAAGAACUGUGAAUGUGUACAAGCUACAGGUGGCCAGCUGUGGAGAAGAUGCAGCCUCUCUUCUUCCGUAGCUCUUGCUCCAGGGCCAGGACUCAAUUACUGUCCUAAGGCAGUGAUGAUGCCGCAGCAGCUAGAAAACCAGGACCCUUGGACCUGCAGUCUUUCUACUCCCCUGCCUCCAAGUCUUUGGAAAUACAAACUGGAUAACGAUCACUUUUCAUGCCGAGGAGAGACCAGCACUGGAACAAAGGAUGCUGCAGCGGUGCAAGGACACUGGCCCACCACAUCCACGUUCCCACGUGCCCUCCUAUUCUUCACCAUGGCUGCGCAAGACACCCCAAAUUCUCCACGGCAACAAAGCCCAUCACAUCUGGAACAUCGUGGCUACCGCGUGGCACCUUUCACUCCCAAGAACGCUGACACUGCCCUGGAGCACGCUAUAGGAUACCGCAUACCUGAAUGCUUUGCUAGUCAGCGCACGAGUCAGAGAUUUGGCACAAUUGGACUGUAA